AUGGUCGCAGAGCUGGUUUUGGCCGUGAUUGCAACGGUGGAUGGCUGCAUCAGACUGGGUCGCCAGACGAUAGACACAUACCGGGCGUACCGCGACACCGACGAGUCCCUCGACGACAAAAUUGUCGUGAUCGAAGGCCUAUGGGCCAAGUUGGAGACGCAGCUCACCUUCUUGAGUAAGGUGUCCGAGCACCUCGACGACAAGCUGGCCGAGAGCCAGAUCAACCUACUGCUAAAGCUGCACGGCAAGCUGGUCCAAGUCACGUCGCAGAUUGAUCUGCCCGCGUCGACACACCGGCGAAAGCUGAAGCAUGCGCUCGUCAAGGAUAAACUCGAUGAGCUUCUGGCGGAUAUGGAGACGUGGCAGGCACGGUUCGAUCCGACUUGGUUCAUUAUCACCCUCAUCGGGAAUAGGGUGAUUGAUGCCGAGCUGUGGGAAAGUAGGAGAGCCAAUCCUGCCAAGAAGGCGUUUGAUUCAAGCCCGCUACACAGCAUGCUGGCCUUGCGACACGCCAUCAGGCCCCAGAGCGGCACUGUCGAGCCCACAGACCGAAUCAACCUGAGCAUCAAUCUCGACUCUUCAGGGUUGAAAGACGCAAGAAUAACGCCUGUACCCUUCUCUUCAGCUCGGGUCGUCUUCCGCCGUGGCUCGGACAAGCUCCUCAUUUCCGAGACUGUUCAUUCUCUGGGGGAGGAUAUUUCCCAUGUCAAACAAUCCGCUGAAAAUCUGGCACGGAAGCUCAAAUGCGUCGAUUCGCGGACCUUUAGCCUGCUUCGGUGCUUCGGCAUCGUGAAACAGUACGACGAGUCGCAACGGAUCAAGUCCAUGGACAUGAUAUACUCAGCACCACAGACCCGCGCCGACAUGAACCCGACCAGUCUACGCGGGCUUCUCUUGGAGCGAAAGCCCGUGAGCGUGAGCGCUGUGGUCAGGGUCGCCAGACAGCUGGUGCAGUCUGUAAGCUACGUCCACGCCUGUGACUUUGUUCACAAGAACAUCCGACCGGAGAGCGUGCUGGUAUUUCAGGGUGAUGAUGGAUCGGCCCUUGGCUCCGCCUUUCUCACGGGCUUCAGCCAAUUCAGAGACACGUGCUUUCAGACACACCUAAAGGGUGAUCCGCGCUGGCACCUCAAUCUCUACCGCCAUCCACAGCGACAGGCUACCUGCGUGCAACAUCGCUACAUUAUGCAGCACGAUAUCUACAGCCUCGGCGUCUGCUUGCUGGAGAUUGGACUCUGGACGUCGUUUGUGUGGUACCCAGAAAACAUGAACAGCGACGAUGCGACCCCCGUUCCGGGACUAGGCCUGGGCUUGAGGCUGUCUGACACGGACUUUGCCACAAUUGGCGCGGCAUCGAGGCUCCAGACCAAGGAGCACUUUGUGAGCCUGGCACGCAAGGAUUUACCGCCCAGGGUGGGCGACAAAUAUACCAAUCUAGUCGUGGCCUGUCUGACGUGCCUGGACCCAGGCAAUGCCGCAUUUGGGAGUGAGCGAGAACUUCUCGACGACGAUGGGAUACUGGUGGGUGUGAGGUUCGUGGAAAAGAUACUCUCCAAGAUGGCGGACAUAUCUGUCUGA